AUGUUCAAGGGCUAUGCCGGACAAAUCGGAGCCAGAGGCGAACUCGGUCCAGAUGCCAUUUUGAUACAUGUAAAAGGUGAUCCUGGAGAGCCGGGCAUGAAGGGUGAGAGUGGUAUCCCAUGCUUGACGGAGAGGAAUUUUACGCAUAGCGAAUUGGCGCGCAUGCAACAAGGAAAACAAGGACAGCAAGGCAUUGAGGGAGAUCCUGGCGAAAGAGGUAGGAAAGGUGAUGAAGGAGAAAUGGGAGAAUUUGGCAAGCCUGGUUUAAAAGGUGAAAAGGGUUUUCAAGGAAAUCCUGGUCCAGAUCGAAUUACGACACAUGUUCAAUCUCCAUAUUGA